AUGGCGGCAGCGGAAAAGGAUGUGGAUGAAGUGGGGUUGAAGGGGGUUGGAAAUGGUGAGGAUGGCGAGGGCGAGGGCGAGGGCGAGGGCGAGGGCGAGGGCGAGGGCGAGGAACGCAAAUCUUGGCAAGAAUGGGACCGUGCAUAG